UGCCCCAGGAACCCGGCAGCCACGGUGUGGGGCGCGCAGGCUACGCCGCCCGCUGCCGUUGUCACUAUGGCCCAUUACAAAGCCGCCGACUCGAAGCGGGAGCAGUUCCGGAGGUACCUAGAGAAGUCGGGAGUGCUGGACACGCUCACCAAAGUAUUGGUCGCCCUGUAUGAAGAACCCGAAAAACCCAAUAGCGCAUUGGAUUUUCUAAAGCAUCACUUAGGAGCUUCGACUCCAGAAAAUCCAGAAAUAGAGUUGCUUCGCCUAGAAUUGGCAGAGGUGAAAGAGAAAUAUGAAGCUGUGGUAGAAGAAAACAAAAAGCUGAAAGCAAAGCUUGCUCAGUAUGAACCACUUCAGGAGGAGAAGCGUGCUGAAUAGGAUUCUUCUCAGUUGAACAGGCACUGAAAACUGGCUUUGUACGAUUUGCAUAGUUUGUAUAGUAUAUAAUCAAGUCUUUUAUGGACAGAUACUAUAGAACUCUUCUAAUAUGUUAAAUUCACUUAUCGCAUUUAAUUGUUAUAAAAACACUUAGAAUCACUAAUAAAUAAACUUAAUAUAAUUUUCUUUGGCUCAUAAAGCAGGAAAAUCAAAAGUAAAUCCUGAGAAUUCCAAACACAGCCAUCUAAAUUGUCUUCAUUACCUUAAAAUGUAGUUAUCUGUCAUUUUCUCAGAUUAAAAAUGACUGUACUGUUGUUACAUUUUAAGCAAGCAAAAAUGAGCAUGGAGCUGCCUUGAGUUUAUUGCAGGAUGGAAGCCCAGAUAGGACCAUGCUUUGUAAAGCUGACAACGUUGUAGUUGUGAGGUUUCCCUGUGAGCUUGGCCUGUAGCUGAGGAGGCCUGGGGAGGCAGCCGCAGCCCUGCACGACUUUCCCUGGAGUCCCUGUGAGCUCUUUGUCGAGAUGCCGUGCCUUGGACGUUAUCUUGGCUUGAGUUGGCUCACUGGUCCUCUCUCCUCCACGUUGCUGUUGUGAUUGUGCUCUGGCUGCUGGCUCGUGUGGUGCUUUGCAGUGGGCUUCCCUGUGUUCCUCCUGCACCCUGGCCUUUGCAUAUUUGUUUUGCAGCUCGCUAUACAGUGGCACUUCCUGAGCCAAAGUUCAUGGAACUUUAAACAGAGCCAGACCUGCUGCUACUAAUGUACUGUGUAGCCUUGGGCAAGUCACUUCUCAUUAGGCCUCAGUUUCCCCUUCUGUAAACUGAGGGGCUUGCUCCCCGUGGUCUCCAAGGUCCCUUCUAGUCCUGAUGUUCUGUAAUUCUUGUGCCCUUUUCUUCCCUGUAAAACUUGCUUAUUUAGUUCAGCACUGAUCAAAGGCAGUCCUGAAAUGAGACAGUUCUAGAACCUUGGUACCGGUAGUUCAUGGUCAUCUGUCGAGUGGAUCGCUCCUAAAGUAUUUACCCCUUUAGUCCUUCAUCUCAUUCUCAGUAUCCCUAUGAAGUAGGUAGGGCAAGGUUGAGGUAGGGAAGGAACUUUUUACCUUUCCCCCAGGCCACUCUUAGGUCACCUGAUGUUGUUAUUGAUCCUUGCUCUAAGCCCACAUAGUACUUGGGUGAUCUCAUUUGGGGGUCACUUCACCUCUUGGGGCCUCAGUUUCUCAUCUGUAAAAUGAAGGGGCUAGACAAGAUGACCUGAGCUACCUUCCGGUUCUAAAUGCUGGUUUAUACUUUCUUUCCAAAUUGUGCCCUUGUAGAUGAUACAGUGUCUUCUAAUAACCACUGGGAGUAUGGAAGUGUCUCCUCUAUUAAGUUAAGACUGGUUUGGAUAGUAAUAACAUGUUACAACCUCUGUUGAAAGCUAUUCCAACUUGAUGGUACUAAAUCUCGUUAAUCCAAUGUGCCUUGCUGGUCCCACUCUUUACAUCUGUGGAGGUGGUUUAAAUGCAAUACUGUUAAUUCAACUAUUUUUUAUUAAGCACCUACUAAGGGUAAGGUGCUGUGGAAUAUACAAAAAUGAAUUCAAUCUAGUAGGAGAGCUAAGCUACCACUAACUACCAGACCUUAUACAAAGUGCCACAAAGAGAAGGAAAUGAGGUAUUAAAUUCAGUUGAAGGAGACAUCAUUUUUACCUUUGGGGGGAAAAGUGGGGUGAGUCUGGGACAAGCAAAUCACUUGCAUUUGCCUAGUUUAAGUAAAGGAUGUGAAAUUCCUCCAUGGAUGGGUGUGGACAGGCUACUGCAAGGAGCUAACCAUUUCCUUUUUGUAUGGAAUUACUGGAAUGGCAGAUGUAGGGCAUACAUCUUGGACACAAUUUCGUGAAUCCAUAGCUUAAGGAUCCACGAAUUUCCUCGGUAUGGAUGCCCCCUCCAACAACACAGAUUUCUGCUCUAAUGCUAGUUAGGUAGCCUUUGAGAGUUGCUGUGGCUGAAAAGUCCAAUAUUAUGUGGCCUUGAUCUUGAAAUUUAGAUAGAUUGGUCUUUAGAUGAGAUUACAGUAUGUCACUGGGUUCCUACUUCUAGAACCCAGGGUCAUGAGCAGCAUUUACUCUACAUUUGUUAUAUGAUGUGGCAAAAUGUGGGUUGGAUGGGUGAUCAUGUGGCUAAUUAAAGCUGGUUGAACUUUAA